AUGGGCCAUAAUCCUCUACGCUGGGCCAAUGCGGAUUGGAGGGUAUUAACGACUGUAAAUGCAGCCGGGACCAACGACUUAAUGUGCCUUCCGAAGCACGGAGUAGCUCAAGAUAAUUUUUUUUUUGGUCACCCAUCCCGUGACCGACCCUUGCGAAAGUUGCUUAACGACAACGAUCGCGGGUCGCGGCGCUUAUCCACUACGACACCGAGCUACUCGAACGAAACCAAACAAAGAGGUAUUAUUCCACUAAUGAACAUAAAUUCAUACACAAUAAUUUUGCAUUAAUACAAUUAUAAUUUAUUGUACUGUAACUUUUCUUUUUAA